GCGCGUGCGUUAUACGAGUGUGGGCGAGAGCGUUAUUGAAUUGGUGAUUGGCCAUAAUUUAGCUAUUUAAAAAGUGACAAAAGUGUUUAAUGCAGGAGCGAAUAAACUAAAAGGCUUUAAGAAAAGUGUAAAGUGUUAGUGAAUCUGGAAUAUUUUUAUUUGAAUCAAACAUAUGUAUGUACUGAGAAAUCAAUAAAUUUACAAAUAUGGUAUCAUCGCURUGGAAAAUUAUAGCUUUAGUUUUAAUUUGUGCUCAUGCGGUGCGGUGCGCCUUGUGGAAGGAUAAUGUUUUUUACAACAAUGUUAAUGCAAGUUAUGCAUAUUCGUAUAAACCACCGACGCAGGAUAUGGACGAUUCGAGCAUGUUUCGACAAGCGCGUCGCAGUGCGGCCAGCGAUGCUUGCACCACAAAUGAAGGCACUUCGGGCACUUGUCUGUCGCGCUUCAACUGUAUGCGUCAGGGUGGCAUACCCAAAGGAUAUUGCAGCACCUAUGGCGUGUGUUGUGAAACAAAUCUACAAUGUGGCCAGAUUUCUAGCUCGAAGCGCAUAAUAAUCAAAAAUCCCGUUCAGUUGCCGACCGUGUGUCAAUAUGUGAUUACGCCCUACAGCAGCAAUGUUUGUCAGUUACUCAUCGAAUUUGAACAGUUCGAAUUGAAUCAACCGACCAACGAUGCUACACUUGGCACCUCAACCUGCGGUGACAGAUUCUUAGUGGGUGACUUUACGCUCUGCGGUGAAAAUAGUGGUCAACAUAUAUAUUUGCCCUACGAUGUUGCGGCCGGCGCCACGCAAGUUACAUUGGAAUUCUCAUUUCCCACGAAAUGGGCGCAAUCCUCAUGGAAUUUGAUCGUUACACAACUGGAGUGUCCACAGCCGAAGRAACGUUUCGGUGCCAGUAGUAUGGUGAUGCCAUUCAUGGGUCAAACAAAUUUACAAGAUCUACGUAAGAUUUUCUCGGCGAAACAUAGCGAUUGGGAAUUACUAGCGCCACCCGGCUGCAGUCAGUACUUCCGUCAACCGACCGGUACAAUAAAAAGUUUCGGAGAUAUAUACUAUAUGGAAAAUCUACAUUACACAAUCUGCAUACGGCCGUUACCGGGCCCUUCCGUAAUCGAAUAUACAGUGAAUAGGUUUUCUUUAUCAUCGGAGCAAACUGAUAAUUUCUACGACGAAAAUUGCCAUCCGCUGAUAUUAACCGAUGGUCGUCAAAAUGAUUAUCUCAUGAUAUGGAAUGCGAUGUUCAAAGACGAUGCAACCAUGCAGCCGACUUACUUUUGUGGACAGGCUCUGAGUGCCGGYCAGGAACUAGUUGCAACCGCUCCGUAUCAAAUGUACUUCAAUAGCGAUGACCAGUGGAGUAGUGUGGAAACAGGGUUCAGCAUAUCAUAUCGAGUGAAAUCGGCCAUAAGUUAAUAACAUUGCUAAGAGUCAACAUUUCUYGGAUUUAAUAUGCAUAUUUAUUGGUUAAAUUAAGAUUUUUUAUAAAAAAAAUUGCAAUUGAAUAAAAGGAACAAUUAGAAAAUCA